UGUUCGUUUUGUUUGUCUUCUCGAUUUGGACCAAUCAGAAAGCAAGAAAAUGAUUAUCGAUUGACGCAGUCGUAUGACGUAGCCAUCGUGUAAUCGGAACGGAAAUUUGUUACGUCGUGUUGUUUUGAUAGAAUAGGAGAACGAGAAAGGCAAGUCGAAACCAAGGUGUUGUGAAAUGUACGAGGAAUUGGUAGUUUGGUGCUAAUUUUGCGUUAAAAAUCUUGGAAAGUUGUGUUGAUUAGUCUCAAGUGACAGCAGUGAGUUGGAAAAGCGUCCCGAAAUCGUGCCAUCUGUUCGAAAACGGGUCCUCUUUGUUCGGUGCAAUCGAAUCAGUCGCGUCCAUUUUGUGAAAGCAAAAUUGCGCCGUACACGAAUCGAACGACGGCUUUCUCACGUAAAAUUCGACAUCUUGGUCUGUGAUAAAACGAGGACUUUAUGUUCAUAUUCCGUUGCAAAGACUCAACCGUGCAAAAGUGUGUCAGUGCGGCGGCAAUGGCGAGGAAGAAUUCGGACGGGGGUCCCCGCAAUCGGCCCAAGGGCCCCACGACACCCCGACAUAGCCCCGUGAGGGGCUCCGCCGCCUCCCCAACCGGAGCUGGCCACUACGCUGGCUGCAAGUGGACCGAGCCACCUCUGCCCUCAGCACUGCCCCCGCCGCCCCAGCACUGGAUGCAGGCGCCGCCUCACUCGCGAGUACUGCCCUUUCGGCAGCCCAAGCCUGAGCAACACGAUAUCGAAAACCAGCUCAAGGUGCUGCUCAAGGUGCAAGCUUGACCUGAGAUCGGUCGCAGGUGCCACCUCAAGAGACAUUUGAUAUCUUUAUAUAUAAAUUUACGACGAGUGAACAAUUGAGGACUAUUCAAAACUAAUUUUAAGUCUGUUGGUAGCGAGUGAACACGACAAUACUAAAUUCCGGUUAUUUUUAUUAUGCCUAAGGACGGUACUACAAUUCUGAUGGUCCUGAUUUCGAACAAUUAACAGAUUGUCCUGUUCAGCCGCAUUGUGAUACACAAUCACUACACACAAAUCCAGUGAUUGUACACUAGGUUGUAGACAUAUAUUAUAGUUUAAACAUUUACUUAAGUCUAUUUCUGAAUGUGAUUUUUUUCAACUGUUGAAAAUUGUAAGAAGAGAAAUUUGAGUUUGUAUUUGUGAUUGUGAGCAGUGCUCAAAUAAGUGUCACGAUAUAUGUUUAGUUUUUAAUACUCUGCCGUAACAAAGUAGCAUCCAAAUCUAGUCUAAAGUGCAUCAACUGAGAUUAUAACAUUUAUCCUCACCCGUGGAAUUUUUAACCAUUGGGAAGACUGAACACGGGAUAAAAGUUACAAUUUCUAUUGAUGUCAAAUAAAGCUUUAAAUAAUAAUUGUAGAUAUGGAGAAUAUUUAAUCAAGUCAAUUUUAAAUUAUGGUAUCAACAGUGUGGGAUAACAGUACAAAUAUAACUUGGAUGCUAUUUUGAUAUAUUCCCAGAAUUUUAAAAAAGAACAUCUUACAAUGUAUAAAUGAACCGUCAAUUAUGACGUGUAUUUUUGUUAAAACGCAGUACAAAUGUGUAAUCACGAUUAAAUUUAAGGAGAUGCAUAUUAGCUAUAAGAUGUACAAUUCAACACCAAAAAUCAUGACAAACUAAUUUUCUAUGAUACAUUAUCAAAUCACUCCUUCGAUGUUGAAUUGUACACCACUUGCAAGAGUUCGUCGUCAUCAUUCAAUGUUGUUUGAGGCAAGAAAGAUGCUCAAGUCUUCCAAAAUGCCUGAAUAACAAAUUGCAGUGAUGUGCAAUACUGUAAAUUAUAUAAAUUUUAUUUUGGUGAUAUAACGUUUUUUUAUGUAUAAGAGAUUCUAUUUUUAUUUUGAAUAUUUCGAAAUGUUGUUUUUUGUUGGACCCACAAAAUUCAUACAAAAUUUGUUAAUUUCUAUUUAAAUUAACUGAGGGGUAUUUAGGAUCUCUAACGUUAAGAUUAUGUUAAGUUUUAUUUAAGGAAUGUCAGAUCUCAUAUGUUCACUUUUAAAAGAGUCAUCAACUAGCAAUAUGUUUUUUAACAAAAAUCAUGUACGUAUAUCUCAUCUCCAUCCUACAAUCUGUGAUACCUCGUUCCUCUCCCCUAAUAAAAAAUCCCACUUAACCGAAACUUUUCCCCGAAUUGAUUACUUUUCCCAUCCUUGUAUUCCUUCCUAUCCUCGGGGUUCAACCCCAC